AUGUUUACUUCCAUUCCUACCAGUGAGGCCACCAGGACAGAGCUCCAUGUGUACUCAGAUGCCUCAGAACAAGCUGUGGCAGCAGUAGCGUAUCUAAAAGUAUUUAGGACAGAUGAUGAACAUGAGUUGGGCUUUGUAUUUGGAAAAUCCAAACUUUCACCCAAACACGGACAUACGAUACCUAGACUGGAGCUUUGCUCUGCUGUAUUAGCAUCCGAAAUUGCUACUGCUGUAACCAGACAACUAAAUGUCCCAGUUGACGCUACAUACUUCUACUCUGACAGCAAGGUUGUCUUGGGAUAUUUGUACAACAGAACAAGAGGGUUUUAUACAUAUGUGAGUAACAGAGUAGACAGGAUACUGCGUGUUUCUAGAGCAGAGCAAUGGAAUUAUAUUCCCUCAGAGCAAAACCCAGCAGAUGUAGGGACUAGAGGAGUUCUGGCCAAGAAUCUAAAAGACUGUCAAUGGUGGAAACCUCCUUUUCAAGUUUCCUUUUACAAGCAGGACAUAGAUGAAAGCUUUCAAAUGGUCAAACCUGAUGAUGAUGUGGAAGUCAGACCUUUGAUUACAGCAAUGAAAGUAGAAGAAACAGAAAAUUCUUCCUAUAGCCCAUCCUCUUGGGAGAAAAGGUUCUGUAAAUUUUCCUCAUGGGAAAGGCUUGUUCUUGGUAUGAGCAGGCUUAGAAAAGCGGCACUUGAGAAAACAUUUCAUAUAAGUCACACAACUGCGAAGGAGUUUAGUGCCACGGAACUGCUGAUCCUAAAGAUUGUCCAGAAAGCUGUCUUCGGAAAAGAGAUCCAGAGUCUGACUAGUGGUAAAGCAGUACCUAAUGACAGUCCAUUGUCUUCACUCUACCCAUAUAUUGAUGAAGAAGGAGUACUUAGAGUAGGCGGACGGCUAAAGAACGCUAACCUUGGAAGAAACAUGGAACAUCCAGUCAUUGUUUCUAAGAGCUCACAUGUUGCAGUAUUGCUGGUUAGGCAUUACCAUGAAAAGGUACAUCAUCAGGGGCGGCACAUUACAGCAGGAGCAUUGCGCACUGCGGGGUUUUGGAUCAUAGGUGCUAGAAGAUUGGUAUCUUCCAUUUUACACCAGUGUGUUACCUGCAGGAAACUCAGAGGACAGUUACAGACACAAAUCAUGGCCAAUCUUCCUUCUUGUUGCCUACAACCAGUUCCACCAUUUACCUACGUUGGAGUUGACACGUUCGGACAUUGGAAUGUUGUCAGUAGAAGAACACGUGGUGGAAGUGCAAAUAGUAAAAGAUGGGCAAUCAUGUUCACAUGUCUCACAGUCCGGGCAGUGCACAUCGAAGUUGUGGAACAGAUGUCAACGUCCGCCUUCAUAAAUGCAUCGCGCAGAUUUGUUUCCAUUAGAGGCAAAGUACUGGAGUAUAGGUCAGACAGAGGAACCAAUUUUGUUGGAUCUACAUCUUCAAACACAGAUGCUGUAAACGUUGAGGAUCCAGCCGUUCAGAAGUUCCUCCUGAGCGAAGGAAGCACAUGGAUUUUUAAUCCACCUCAUUCGUCACAUUUCGGAGGCGUUUGGGAACGCAUGAUAGGUGUGGCCAGAAAGAUCAUAGAUGCCUUACUACUGGAGAAUUCUGCAAAGGAGCUAACCCACGAAGUUCUGGUCACCUUUAUAGCAGAAGUUUCCAUGAUCAUCAAUUCUCGCCCAAUAGCACCUGUAUCGUCAGACCCAGAGAAUGCAAUGAUUCUCUCGCCGAAUGUAUUGCUCACACAGAAAGAGGGAGAUGAAGUACCACCUCUUCGAGACUUGGACCUGAACAUUCGAGACAUGUUCAAAUCCAAUUGGAAACACGUGCAGGUCUUAGCGGACAGAUUUUGGAAAAGAUGGAAAGAUGAGUACUUACAGAAUCUGCAAUCCAGAAGAAAGUGGAAGACUGAGAAGGAGAACCUACGAGAAGGAGAUGUUGUCAUGCUAAGAGACAAAGAUAUGAACAGAUGUGAGUGGCCAUUAGGGUUGGUGGAAGAAGCAAUCAAAAGCGAAGAUGGAAACGUUCGAAAGGUGAAAGUUAGAGUCAUCCGGCAAGGACGCCCAGUGGAGUAUUUUCGACCAGUCACAGAAGUGGUCCUUCUCUACGCUCCGACUAAUGAGUAG